AGGUGAUGACCCAAGGUUUUGUUUAUUAACUAUUUUGAAAAUGGUCCGAAACCCUAGCCAUCAAUAAAUUGUGGGAUGAAUUACGAUGAAGAUGAUGACACAUUAUUGGAUCAUUAUGUUUCAGUGCACUCACUUUUUAUCCUCUCGAUUGUUUCUCACUAACGUUUCAUGUGAAAUUUCAGCAAUUAUAAGUCAGUGGUUUUGGUGCUUCAUGAUGAGAAAAAAACUCAAACAGAAAUCACAGUCUAAAAUUCCUCAAUACAUCUGCAUCUUCAUUGGAUUGGUUUAUACAAUAUCAGGAAUUUGCAUUGUUCUAAUAUCUUUCUUCAAUAUGAAAGAUACUAAUCAACUACAUUUCCAUUUGACGUUGAGUAAUUUUAUUUGCCAUGCAGUCGCUAUUCCAUUGAGUUCCUUACUUAUCGUUUGUAAUUUCCGUUCAUGGAAAUGGUUUCUACUUGCUAGAAUUGUUGUUUCUCUUCAAAUGAUCAUCGGAUCUUAUUUUUUUGUUUAUUUUAAUCGAGCUGGUCUACUAGUUUUGCAGGCGAAAAAUUUGUUCUACAUCAAGGAAAACGAACCGGGUUACAAAGAAUUUAAUCAAUGUGCAAUCAGCGAAUGGUUCGUGAUAUUGGGAUUAAUAGAAAUCACUUUGAUAACUGGCUUAGAGUUGCGAACUUAUGAAAUCCAGUAUGAGGAAAUCAAUAAAACCGUCUGAAUAUACGAGGAAUAAUGUUUCUACAUUUUAAAUAUUUCUCAAACCGAAUUGUACCUGUUUGUAUAUGCUUGUACUAGGAUCUGUGUUUUCA